UCAUCGCUGUACGCAGUAUGGCUGGCGACAUUAGCUAGCACUUGCUAACGGUAUUCUCUGCAAAAAGGGAAGACGGCAACUUAAGUGACAAACUCUACAUCCGCUUUGGCUUCACGGACUCCCGCACCAUUCACUCAUCGGAAAUACGGAAUAACCCACGUUUAGUGAUCAGUUUUUUGUUAUUAUUUUGGUUGGGUGUCUUGCUGUCUCAUGAUGGAGGAUAACGGUGCACACUUCUUCGAGGGGACCGAGAAGCUGCUGGAAGUGUGGUUCUCCCGGCAGGACGAGGCCAAGGGGACCGGGGACCUGCGGACCAUCCCGAGGUUUGAAUGGGACAAACUUCUGGAGAAUGUGCACUGUUUGAUCAUAAGUGUGACAAAGACUGACAAGCAGGAAGCUUAUAUACUCAGUGAGAGUAGCAUGUUUGUCUCCAAGAGACGUUUCAUUUUGAAAACAUGUGGAACCACCCUCUUACUGCAAGCACUGGUGCCUCUGCUGGAACUCGCCAGGGAGUACUGCGGUUUUGAUGCCAUCGAGAAUUUCUUCUACUCCCGCAAGAACUUUAUGAAACCUACCCAUCAAGAGUUCCCUCAUCGGAACUUCCAAGAGGAAAUUGACUUUCUCGGCCAGAUUUUCCCAAAUGGUGCAGCCUACUGUAUGGGACGUUUGAACUCUGACUGCUGGUAUCUGUUUACUCUGGACUUGCCAGAGUACUGGGAGAACAAGUAUGCGGAUCAGACACUGGAAGUUUUGAUGAGUGACCUUGAUCCAGCCAUUAUGGACCAGUUCUAUAUGAAAGAUGAUGUUUCUGCAAGUGAUGUCACUCGUAUGAGUGGAAUUUGUGACCUGAUACCAGGUUCUGUGAUAGACGCCACCAUGUUCAACCCAUGUGGAUACUCCAUGAACGGAAUGAAGACUGACGGGACCUACUGGACCAUUCACAUCACCCCUGAGCCAGACUUCUCCUACGUGAGCUUCGAGACCAACCUCUCCCAGACUUCGUACGAUGACCUUGUUCGGAAGGUGGUGGAUGUGUUCAAGCCCGGCAAAUUAGUGACCACGCUGUUUGUCAAUCAGAGCUCCAAAUGUCGCAGUGUCUUCGCGUCCAGCCAGAAACUGGACGGGUACAAGCGUCAGGACCGCCAGCUGGCUCAAUUCAACGAUUACAAUUUUGUCUUCACAAGCUACGCCAAGAACCGCCAGCAGAAGAGCUGAAGGUGGAGGAUGAAGAAGAAGAAGAAGAAGAAGCGUAGAGAAGUCGAAAGCUCCUCUCCCGGCCAGGACAGCAGGCAGCGUUUAUCUUCCACUUGGCGUUGUUGUAUCUUGCAUGCUAGCUCUUUUCUCUCUUUCCGUACGCUAGCUCGCGCUUGCUGUGACCUUCAAGUGCAUGUAGACACGCUUACCACCAGAGGUCUCUUCCUGCAGGUCUGCCCCCUAAUCCCCCACAGACAGGGCUUCCGCCCACAUUAGCUUCCACACCCUGACCUGCUCAGAUUGCUCCGCUCCAUCCAGUUAAGAUUGGUCCACUUCAACGAGUUCAGUUUGGUCCACUUCAUCUAGUGCAGAUUAGUCCACUUCAUCUAGUGCAGAUUGGUCCACUUCA